AUGAACACCUCCCCAACACGGAUAAUUUCUCGUUUAAAUAACACCACUGCCAUCGAUACCGCCUGUCUCUCUCUCUCUCUCUCUUUGUCUGUCUGUCUCUCUCACUUCUCUCUCUUUUUCUCUCUCUUCUCUCUCUUUUUCUCUCUCUAUUCUCUCUCUUUGCUCUCUCUCUCUUCUUUCUCUUCUCUCUCUAUUCUCUCUUUUCUUUCUCUCUUCUAUCUCUUUUUCUCUCUCUCUUCUCUCUUUUUUCUCUCUCUUCUCUUUCUUUUUUCUCUCUCUAUUCUCACUUUUCUCUCUUUCUUUUUCUCUUUCUUUUUUCUCUCUCUAUUCUCACUUUUCUCUCUGUCUCUCUUUUUCUCUUUCUCUCUCUUCUCUCUCUUUCUCUCUCUUCUCUCUCUUUUUUCUCUCUCUCUUCUCUCUCUCUCUUCUCUCUCUUUCUCGGUGGUUGGAAUAUCUAUCUAUCUAUCUAUCUAUCUAUCUAUCUAUCUAUCUAUAUCUAUCUAUCUACCUGAUUGA